AUGCACAAUCCGGAGACCGUAGAGGAGCGCCUGGCCGAGGCGACCGCCCGUGCACGCCUGGAAGAGCCGGCGGAGGCUCGCGAGCGUGCACACCUGGACGACGAGGCCACCCGUGUGCCCCGUGACGAGGAAGCUGCUAGCGCAGAGACCCGCGUGCUCGCCCUCACCAACGCCGAGGUCGUCUCCGCCGCCCUGCAUGCGCAAGCCGUCGCCAUCCAGAACUUUCGCGCCUUGGUGCCAAUUGUUCUUGAUCGGGCGUCCACCCAGUACAGCAAGUGGCGGGGGCUCUUCGUCACCACAUUGGGCAAGUAUGCCCUCGAUGACCAUAUUCUUCAUGCUGGCAACCCUCCUGCCGAUCCCGAUUGGACACACAUGGAUUGCACCGUGCGCUCCUGGAUGUAUGCCACCAUCAGCACCGACCUCCUCGACGACGUCAUGACGCCCGGCACCACCGCGCACCUUGUUUGGCUCACCAUCGAGGACCAAUUCCUCAGCAACAAGGAGACACGGGCUCUCAUCCUCGAUGCCGAGUUCCGCAAUUUCGUCCAGGGCAAUCUCUCUGUCACGGAGUACUGCCGGAAAUUGAAAGCCAUGGCUGAUGCUCUUGGCGAUCUAGGUGAGCCGGUCCAAGAUCGGACCCUCGACCUUUCCGUCCUGCGCGGCCUCAAUGAAAAGUUCGGCUACAUGGCUGCUCUCCUCAAGCGCCAGAAGCUAUUCCCCUCCUUCAUCGAGGUCCGCAACGACCUCCUUCUAGAGGAGAUCACCAUGACUUCAAAGACGGGCUCCAUGUCUACUGCCCUUAUCGCUGCCACAGAUCGAGCUUCAUCUCCGGUGGCUCCUUCCUCCGAAAAUACCGGUGCUGCUCCUUCCUCCGGCAAUGGCGGCACUGGCGGCUCUCGGCGCGAUCGUCGUCAGCGUCGCAACGAUAACACCUCCAACAGACCUCCUUCGGGCUGGCCAUCCUUCUACAACCCGUGGACCGGGUGCUGGAACCUCGCCGGAGAGACGACGCGCACGUCGUCGGAGAGGACCACGGCCAAUACACACACAACUCACGCGUACACGCUGGAACACGAUCUUGUUUGGUGCUGCAGAAUUGGCUGCCAUUUUCUGAUGCUAUUCCAUUGCUUAAAUAAGAGUUUACAAGGAAACUUAAUAAAGGCCUACAAUUAG